AUGUCGACGGUCCUCGCCCAGCCUCUACCGCUGACCCUCACCCCACAGGUGGUGGGCUAUGUGCUACUCUCCCUCGUCGUCGUAGCCCCCUUGGCCCUCUGGUUCUACCUGUACCCAUACACGGCCGCGACACUGCCGUUCAAGAACCUUCGCGGACCGGAGCCCACCUCAGGCUUCUUCGGCAGCCUCAUCACCGUGUCCACCAAGCCGAUCGGGCAGCGCUACGCCUCCCUCACGGAACAGUAUGGCGCGUCGACGGUGCGCUUCCGCGGCCUGGUCGGCCGCUGGCGCAUCAUGUCCACGGACACGACGGCGAUCGCGCACGUCCUCCGGCACACGGGGCAGUGGCACCGCAACGAGGGCUUUAAUGGACUUAUCGAGCGCAUGACGGGCGCCAACGUCCUGUGCGUCGAGGACGAGCCGCACCGCCGCCAGCGCCGCAUCUUGAACAGCGCGUUCAACGGCACGAGCGUGAGCGCAAUGAUGCCUAUGUUUUGGGAGGAGGCGUACGACCUCAAGAAGAACGUUGAAGAGUUGCUCGUUGAAGGCCAGGAGAAGGGCACGCAGGUCGACAUGCUCCAGGUGUAUGUCCGCACGGCCAUGGACAUCAUCGGCCGCGCCGGCUUCAACUACUACUUCGAGCAGCACAAGGUGAACGGCGAGAACCCGCUGUCCAAGGCGUUCAACGACAUGAUCAACGGCAUGCUCGAGAAUAGGAAGCUCGUGCUGGUGCAGAACAUCUUCCCGCAGGCGCUUGAUCUUCCUACCGCCAAUCACCGCCGCGUAGCCAAGUCACGCGCCGUGCUGGACGGCAUCGCUCGCGACAUUGUGCAGUCACGCCGUGCUGAGAUUGCGCGCGACCACAUUUCACUCGACAAGGGCGACUAUGAGGGCAAGGACGUGAUUUCCCUCUGCCUCCGCGCGAAUAUGGGUGCAAGCGAGCGCGACAGAAUGACUGAAGCUGAGAUUGAGGGCCAGAUCGGUGCCCUCAUGCUCGCGGGCAACGAAACGAGCGCGACGGCAUUGAGCUGGGCGACGCUGCAUCUCUUUGAGAACCCCGACAUCCAAGCCAAGCUGCGCGCCGAGGUCAUGGCCGUCCCCGACGACGAGCCCAGUGUCGAGGUCCUGAACGGUCUCCCCUACCUGGACGGCUUCGUGCGCGAGCUGCUCCGCCUCGACCCGCCGCUGCCGCAGGUCGUGCGCACCGCCGCCGUCGACUGCGUCGUGCCCCUUGGCACGCCCGUGCAGGGCCGCGACGGCUCGCUGAUUUCCGAGAUCCGCGUGUCGAAGGGCACCGACUUCGUCGUGCCUAUCAGCGAGAUGAACCGCGACCCGCGCAUCUGGGGCGCCGACGCUGACAAGUUCAACCCAGACCGAUACGAUGGUACAGUUCCCCGAGUGUCGCUGCCCGGCGUGUGGGGCGGUCUCCUCUCGUUUAUUGGCGGACCACACCACUGCCUCGGCUUCCGCUUUGCUCUGCUCGAGAUCAAGGCAGUGCUGUUCGUGGUGCUGCGCAACUUUGCAUUCGAGCCCGUGCCGGGCAAGCAGUUUAUUCGGUUCUCAGCGGGCAUCAUCCAGCGCUCGAUCGUCAUCGGCGAAGAGAGCAAGGGCAUGCAGAUGCCGGUGAUAGUGCGUGCACUGGAGAGUGAGUAG